AUUUAUAGUGUGUAGUUCGCAUAAAACACACAUAAAAUAGCAAAAAAACUAAUUUAACUACUUGAAUCACUAGACAAAUAUAACUGCAGGUGGAGUCCCAGCAGGCUGCUGCAGCAUGUAGCUCACUGCUCCAUCACUGCUUGUACCAUAGAGCUGUGCGCUCGGGCUACACGUACACAUAGACAUAUGCAUCUAUGGACGUACACACCGACUUCGCCGCUUGAACUGAGACGCCAGACUCCGCCUAUCGCCGCACCGCGAGCUACGCCGGUGUCAUAAUGACGCGCACCCAGUGUAUCGGGCUGCGAAGCUAGCGGUGCGCAUGCGCGCAGCACUGCCUCCAACAACAAGAAGCAGGAGCCAGGCAACAUGGCCGACCUGGGGAAGAAGUACUGUGUGAACUGCCUUGCAGAUGUUACGAACCUGCGGCUUCGCUGCACCGACUGCCCCGAUAUCGAGCUGUGUCCGGAGUGCUUCUCGGCCGGUGCAGAGAUCGGUAACCACCGGAGAUGGCACGGCUACCAGCAGGUCGACGGCGGUCGGUUCUCCCUCUGGGGUCCCGAGGCGGAGGGAGGCUGGACCAGCAGGGAAGAGCAGUCGCUGCUCGAUGCCAUCGAGCAGUAUGGAUUUGGGAACUGGGAGGACAUGGCAGCUCAUGUCGGAGCAUCCCGAACUCCUCAGGAAGUCAUGGAACACUACGUCACCAUGUAUAUCCACGGCAACCUGGGUAAGGCCUGCAUCCCUGACAGCAUUCCUAACCGGGUGACGGACCACACCUGCCCCAGCGGAGGGCCCCUGUCCCCCAGCCUCACCACCCCGCUGCCCCCGCUGGACAUCAGCCUGGCGGAGCAGCAGCAGCUGGGCUACAUGCCUCUGCGCGACGACUACGAGAUCGAAUACGACCAGGAGGCGGAGAAGCUCAUCAGCGGGCUGUCUGUCAACUACGACGACGAGGAUGUGGAAAUUGAAAUGAAACGCGCCCACGUGGACAUGUACGUGCGCAAACUCCGAGAACGCCAGCGGCGCAAGAACAUCGCCCGGGACUACAACCUGGUGCCUGCCUUCCUGGGCAAAGACAAGAAGGACAAGGAGAAGGAGAAACCAGGAGUAUUGGGAGUCCAGGGCACCGCUGGAGGUGCCGGUGGGGCGGGAGCCAGCGGCGGCACAGUCGGGUCGGGUUCCACGACAGCGGUGGGAUCGGGUCCCGUUCCCAGCACGCCCAAAAGAAAGAUCACCAAGGAAGAGAAGGAGCAGCGGGUCAGACUGCGGGGACUCUGCCAGUUCAUGGCUCACCGAGAGUUUGAAGACUUCUUUGAGAACAUGCAUAAAGAACGCGUGCUGAGGGCCAAGGUGCGCGAGCUGCAGCGCUACCGACGCAACGGCAUCGCCCGCCUGGAAGAGUCGGCCGAAUACGAAGCUGCACGCCACAAACGGGAGAAACGCAAGGAGAACAAAAGCGUAGUCACAUCCAAACGGGGCAGCGGAGGAGGAGGAGGGGGGCUCGGCUCCGGUAUAGGACUCGGGGCUGGAGCCGGAGGGGGCGGGGGCAUUGUUGGAGGGUUGGGAGCCGGAGGGGGGAUCAAAGAGGAGGGCAAAGAUGGAGAGUUCGCCGCCAUCGAGAAUCUGACGGGCUUCGAGCUGCUGUCGGAUCGGGAGAAAGUCCUGUGUAACUCUCUGAACCUCAGCCCGGCACGCUACCUGACUGUCAAAACCAUCAUCAUCAAAGAUAACCUGCAGAAAAGGCAAGGCAUCCCGGCCAAGAGCCGGCUGCCCAGCUACCUGGACAAGGUUCUCAAGAAGCGCAUCCUCACCUUCCUCACAGAGAGCGGCUGGAUCUCCCGAGACGCCUCUUAGCAACCCGUCUUCGGUCAGGAAGUUUAGGAUCACUCAUAGCUGAUUUGCUGUAACAAAACUACUGGCUUUUAUAAGUGACCUUGUGAAUAUGUACAUUGCAAAGAAGAAGGAUGACCCACUGGAAAAAUAUAUUUUCAACUAGGAACAAAAAUAUGUCUAUAUUUUUACUAUUGGAAAGGGACGGGGGUGAAAGUACUUGGUCUCCAUAUUGUUACUACAAUAAAGAAAUAUUGCGAAAAAGUAUAAAA